AUGGCGGCGCCCAUGGCGCUGGGGCGGGCGCUGCAGCGGGUCCGCGCGUGGCGGGCGCGGCCGGGGCUGGGGCCGGGGCUGCCCGGCGCCGGGAGGCGGCGGAGCAGCGAGGGGGCAGCGGGGCGGAGCCGGCUGUACGAGCACGUGCGGGAAGGGAACAGCGCGCGGCCCCGCCUGGACAUGGCAGCGCUGAGCGCCCGGCCCGAGCAGGCGGAGCGGGAGCUGGAGACCCGCAAGGGGCCGCUGGGGCCCCGGGACCUGCGCGAGAUCCUCUCCACGUGGAAGAGACUGGUGAAUGUGCAGGAAGAGAUUGGAAAACUUGAAACUGAGAAAGAGGAAGUCGCCAUUCAAGUGAAAUACCUCGUGGAGACCCAGGACAAGAGCACGUUGCAGGCGCUUCCCGAUUACCAGGUGCUGCGGAACCGAGGGCGGGAAAUACGUCACCAGCUGAAUUCCCUGUACCAGAAGGAGCUGGAGCUGGAUGAAAAGUACUAUCUGAAGGCUCUGAAACUGCCGAACUGGACCCAUCCUGAUGUGCCCGUCGGAGACGAGAGCCAAGCGAGGGUGGUGGAGGUCGUGGGAGAGAAACCAGCUUUUGAUUUCAAAGUGAAGGGGCACCUGGAAAUUGGAGAGGACCUGGAUAUCGUCAGACAAAGGCGCCUCUCUCACAUCUCAGGCCACCGCUCCUAUUAUCUCCGAGGGGCUGGAGCCAUGCUCCAGCACGCCCUCGUCCAGUUCACCGUCAGCAAGUUGGUGAAACAGGGCUUCAUUCCCAUGGCCGUUCCCGACCUGCUGCGAGGAGCCGUGUUUGAAGGCUGUGGCAUGCAGCCCAACGCCGUCCCGUCCCCGGUGUACAACAUCGACCCGUCCCGCUUCGAGGACCUGUGCCUGGCUGGCACCUCCGAGGUCGGCAUCGCAGGCUACUUCAUGGAUCAUGCCGUGAAUUUGGAGGACAUGCCAGUCAGAACCGUGUGUUCCAGCACAUGCUACAGAACCGAGACGGACACCGGCAAGGAGCCCUGGGGGUUGUACAGAGUCCAUCAGUUCACCAAAGUGGAGAUGUUCGGGGUGACGGCGGCGGAGAGCGGGGAGGAGAGCGCCGCCCUGCUGGAGGAGUUCCUCGCCCUGCAGAAGGAGAUCUUCUCCGAGCUGGGCCUGCACUACCAGGUCCUGGAUAUGCCCACCCAGGAGCUCGGGCUGCCCGCCUACCGGAAAUACGACAUAGAAGCCUGGAUGCCCGGCAGGGGCAAGUAUGGUGAGAUCUCCAGCACCUCCAACUGCACUGACUACCAGAGCCGGCGCCUGAACAUCAUGUACUACGACCGGACCGGGCAGCUCCACUACGCGCAUACGGUCAACGGCACGGCCUGCGCCAUCCCACGGGUGCUGAUCGCUCUGCUGGAGUCCAACCAGCUCCAGGAUGGCAGCGUCCGAGUCCCCGCGAUCCUGCAGCCGUUCCUGGGCGUGGAAACCAUCGUCAAACCCAGCUACGCCCCCUUGAAAUACAUCGGGCCCAACCAGCCCAAGCGGCGCUGAGCCGCCUACCGGGAGCGGCCGUACCGGGGACCAGCCGUCGGGGAUCCCAGCCGGACGUAGACGAGACGCGCGCACCCCGGCAGCGUUCAGAGGGGCCUUUCCUGGCUCUGAGCCGCACCUGGCUUGUGACCUGUCCCUUCUCCUGCCCCCUCGAGUUGGUCUGCGCCACCUGGAUGGGGCCGAGGUGGAUGGGGUCUGAGGCGCUUCAGAAACCCCAAGAUCCUUCCAGCGCUGGAUUGCGCUGCCUGGAGCCAGACCCCAGCACUGGCAAGAGGCAGGGGGCUGUUUUCUCCCCAGGACUCCUGGGUUCUUCCAUCAGUAACCCCUGGCGAGGGGGAGGAGAGAUCUGGCUUUCAGGCCUUUGUGGGGGCAUGCUGGGGCCAUGGCUAGAUUCAUUCCCCCCUUAACAAUUCCCUCUCCACGUCCUGCUCUGCGACCUCCCUGCCGGUGGAGCUGGUGGCUGACGAGAUCGAGAGCUUUCGCCCCGCGGGCCACCGGUUCUCAUCCCACUCGGGCCGGCGCUGGCUGCGGCGUGCUCCCAUCGGCCAGCCCUUCGGAGACCCUGACGUGAAACGAGUUUGCCGGGUCUCAGCCCAGUUCCCCGGUGGAGCCGCGUCGCACAGAGCAGGAUCGGCACCGAUUCUCGCCGGCUGCCUCAGCAGACAGGCAGAACGGGCCAUGGAGACUGGUCUCUCCCCUUGGCCGCAGCCAGGGUCCCCCGGGGGCUGUGGCAGCCAAGCAGGGGGGCAGCGUGUUCGCCCUUGCAGCUGCCCACGCUAUGGGUAGGGAGAGGGGGAUUCAGGCUCCCUGAUGGGUCGCUGGACUGACUGCAGGGGGGCAGGAUCCCAGCCAAGGAGGUCAGAGGGGGAGGGACAUACCUGAGUGGGGCAGCUGCCAGGGUGGGGCAUGGCCUGCCUAGAGUCGCCAAUCAAGGGAAUGAGAUUGUGCCA